CUCACCAUCUCUACCAUCAGCUUCGACGCGAUCCCAUCCUUUGCCUGCAAUAUCACAAGGUCGGACCAAACAACGCGAAAAUGCCCUCCAUCAAAGAGGCGCACUGGGCCUCGCUCCUCGAGACCGAUGGAACCACGGGUAGGCUUGCCCUGUGGGCUGGUCUCCUGGGAGCAACGCUCGUGCUGUACGGCCUAGGCAUCGCCGUCUAUCGGAUAUGGUUCCACCCGCUCUCAAAGUUCCCGGGCCCGGUCUCCAUGGCACUCACCGAGUGGACCUUCCUCUACAAGCAGCAUAUGUCGGGGACCAUGACAGCGCAGAUGGGGGAGAUGCACCGCAAGUACGGCAAGAUAGUCCGCGUAUGCCCCAACCGCAUCCUCGUCGAAGGAUCCAUUGGCUGGAACGAUGUUUACGCCCACCGCCCCGGCGGGGACGCAACCGAAUUCCAUAAGCCUUUCAACUACUUUUUUCCAGGCGACCAGGCGAGCCUUAUCGGCGCGCCGACGAGGGACGACCACCGACGCCAACGCCGCCAGCUAGCCCAUGCUUUUAGCGAAGCUGCUAUGGUUGAACAAGCACCUAUUAUCAUGUUUUACAUCGAACUUUUUAUCCAACGCCUGGCGGAAAAUUCGGCCAACGGCCAGCCCGUCGACAUGCUAAAAUGGUUGAAUUUUGUUACCUUCGAUAUCAUCGGCGACCUUUCCUUGGGCGAAUCUUUUCACAGCCUGGAAACUAGCGACUACCACCCCUGGGUACUCAACAUUUUCAAUGGCAUCCGGGGCAUCAAUAAGAGCCGCUUUCUCAAGUCGCUAUGGCCAGUCAUGGCCACCCUGUAUGGCCGCUUCGAGAGCUCCGGGUCACUCAAGGCCAGCAGGGAAAACCUGAACUACGCCCGGGAGAAGGCCCGGGCCCGCCUCGCGCUCGGCCCCGAGCCCCUGGUCGCUGACCGCGAGCAGGUGGUCGGGCUCGACGGGAAGACGAGGAAGAUGACGGUGCGCCGCGACUUCAUGACCUACAUGAUGCGCAACGGCGCCGCCGGCAGUGACGAGAAGUCCGUCAUCACCGAGGAGGAGCUCCUGAACAACGCCUUCCUCAUCAUCACGGCCGGCAGUGAGACCACCGGCACCAACCUGUCGACCCUCUUCUACAUGCUCGGCCUGCCCAGCAACCGCGCGUACCGGGAUACCGUCGCCGCCGAGGUGCGCGCCGCCUUCUCUGAUGCCUCCGAGAUGAACCUGCUCAACGUGAACGCCAAGGCCCUGCCGCUCCUGCACGCCUGCAUCGAGGAGUCGUUGCGUUAUCAUUGUCCCAUCACCAACCCUCCGCCGCGCAUCUCCCGCGGCGCUCCUGUUGGCGGGCACUACAUUCCGAAAGGGGUCGUCAUCAACGUCUCGGGACACGCCACCUUCCGGAGCCCGGAGCACUUCUUCGACGCCGGGUCCUGGCGGCCGGAGCGGUUCCUGCCGGCGGGCCACGCCAUGUACGACGCGCGCUUCGCGAACGACGAUACGUCCGUCUUCAAGCCCUUCAGCCACGGCCCGCGCGACUGCAUCGGCAAGAACCUGUCGUACGCCGAGAUGCGCCUCGUGGCCGCCAACGUCCUGCUCCGCUUCGACGUCGACCUUCACCCCGACACCCCGGCCGACUGGCUCUCGGGCCAGCGCUCCUUUGGCAUCUGGGAGAAGGGGCCCCUGAUGCUGAGGCUCGACGAGCGCAAGGACCUGGUGGCCGCUUAGGGGGAGCUUGUAUUUGCCGAUGGUGGUGGGGGUAGUAUGGUGAGGUUUGGGGGAGUCUGCCUAGUCUGAAUUCUUGCGUGUUCGGGUUGACAGAUUUUUUUUUUUUUUUGUAGAAGCACCAUCAGCCAUUGGCAGACACACAACUUUCCUUUGUACUGACAAUUGAUUUUUGUUUUAUACACAGACAGAUUGAUUCAAUGUCCGUUUGUAUUAUCACAACCCUGGGGGACAUGGUCCGAUUUGUCAAUUGCCCAAUACCCACCCAGGGAACAGCGACCGCCAGUGCUUUGGUGUCAUUCACCUGACUAGGAGCUCAUGAUGGGUGGCCAACUUUAUUUUAUUUUAUUAGAAGUAAGAAAUAACUAUAUAUAUCGUAUACUGGGGUGUGCUUAUGUGCUGCCCCUUUUGACAAGGAAAGGAAUCAGGUCCGAUAGCGUGUAUUUUGUACAAAGAAACCCAAGAUCCCAUAUCACGCAACAAAC